UUGUUUGGUGCCUGUCACUGCAGCGUGUAAACACAUUCACACACGGAACAGAGCGGCGGUGAAACCCUGCAGGGCGACAGCAGCCUCCUAAUUUUCAUUUAUCCAGUAGGAAACUGGAGCGGGGAAGGGGGCUGCCUGAGCAGUUCCGGUUCAGUACUACUGUUUAUAUUCACACUCUUAGGAAGAAAGGAGCAGCUGUCCGACGCUGUCAUUGUCAGGCGGACCAGUCGGUGCUGCAGCCAGAGCGGGGCUCGUCGAGCGACCAUGGCAGCGGCCACUGUUGCUGAGGCCGAUGCGGCGACGUGCGACGGCGGAGCGGCUUUCUCCGGCGUCCAGAGCCGGGGCUGGGAUGAGUCCCAGCUCCGAAAGUACUCCUUCCCAACCAAGCCCAUUCCCCGGCUGUCUUACAAGGAUCCCAGGGCAGAGAUGCUGAUAAACAACGAGGAGCCAGUGGUUUUAACGGACACCAACCUCGUGUAUCCAGCACUGCAGUGGGACAUCCCGUAUCUCCUGGAGAACAUUGGCAAUGGAGACUUCUCUGUUUACAUUUCAGAAAACCAUAAGUUCCUUUACUACGACGAGAACAAAAUGUGCAAAUUCAUGGACUUUGUUCCCAAGUCUCGACGGGUGGACAUGAAAUUCUCUGAGUUUGUGGACAGCAUGCAUAAAAGAGAAGAAGAGGGAGGAGAUGAGAGAGUUUAUCUGCAGCAAACACUGAAUGACACGGUAGGAAAGAAGAUUGUUCUUGACUUUCUGCGUUUCAACUGGAACUGGAUCAACAAACAGCAAGCCAAGCGAAACUGGGGACCGCUGACGUCCAACCUGCUGCUGGUUGGCAUGGAGGGCAAUGUGACACCAGCACAUUAUGACGAGCAGCAGAACUUCUUUGCGCAGAUAAAAGGCCAUAAGAGAUGCAUCCUCUUCCCUCCAGACCAGUUCGAGUGUCUCUAUCCCUUCCCUGUGCAUCACCCCUGUGAUAGACAGAGCCAAGUUGAUUUUGAUAACCCAAACUAUGAGAAGUUUCCAAAUUUUAAAAAUGCUGUUGGCUAUGAAGCUGUUGUGGGACCUGGAGAUGUUCUCUACAUCCCCAUGUAUUGGUGGCAUCACAUUGAGUCACUGCUGAACGGCGGAGUGACGAUCACCGUUAACUUCUGGUACAAAGGAGCUCCCACACCCAAGAAGAUAGAAUACCCCCUGCGAGCUCAUCAAAAGGUUGCCAUCAUGAGGAAUAUUGAAAAGAUGCUAGGAGAAGCGCUCGGGGAUCCCCAUGAGGUUGGGCCUUUACUAAAAACGAUGAUCAGCGGGAGAUAUGACCAGGGCCUCAGUUAGAGCUCCAGCCUCGGGACUGCUGAACGGACUUGCUCCACAAACUGUUUGCAUGUGAAAGCGUGUGUGUUUUCAGUGCGCAUUUCUGUCAUUGGAGCUAAGCACCAGUGCAUGGCAGCAAUCAGCCAUAAUGAAACCAUUCUGCUUCAGUCUCAGAAUGCCAUUGUCAAAACAACUGUCCCGAGCGAGAGGAGAAAAUGAAUUCAACCAACUUGAAGACGCUCGUUUUGCCGUUGGAGAGAAGACGCGAAGAUAGAUUUCCUUCAAUCAGUGUUUCCUUAAGUCUUACAAUUUCUGCUUUUGGCCUUAAAUUUUAAUAUCUUUACCAUUUGAGUGAACCUCAGUGUUUUGAGCACUAGUGGUUUAGAUGAGGAGUAAAAUAUUUAUAAAGAGGACGUAUAUGGAGAGAUUUCUUAUCUACAGGGAAUACUACAGUUGCUACUCAAUUUAAAAAUACAAUAAUCACAUUCUGACCACAAAACAACUGUACAAAUUAUUGUUCUUUAGAAUAAUUUACCCACAUUAUAUCAUUUCAUACUAACGUGCAGUCAUUUAUCAGCAAGACUUGAUUUAGAAAUAUUAAAAUCCGUUAUUAGAUGAUGGUCUGAUAAAAGGUAUGGGCGUGAAGCAGUGGGGUGCAGCUGAAGCUAUGGUUGCUUUUUUUUUUUUUUAUAUAUAAAUGCUUUUGCUUGUUUCAUUUUGAUUUUUAGGGCUUUAUGGGAUUUGCAGCCAGGCAAUGCAGUACUGAUUGCUGAAAAUAAACGUGUUGCGACUUUAAUUGCUAAUACUAGUUUCUCUUGAGUUGUAACUAAACUACGGUAAGAUAAAUGGUACAAACAACAAAUAUUAACGCCAUCUGCCGGAAUGUAGCCUUGUAAAAGCCAUUAAGGCGCGGUUUAACGCGCCAUCUAGUGGUCAGGUUUGCGAUUGCUUAUUAAGCUCGUCUUAGCAAAUUAGAAAUAUAAUCAGUUAGCAACCUGUACAAAAUAUGAUUUCUGUUGUUUUUUUAAAUAGCUAUUGUUGUGUUUUUUAGGUUAUCAAUGAUCUCACAUGCACUUAGUUUUACUUUUAUUACAACCUGUGUAAAAGGUGAACACUGAUCAGCCUUUAACUCGAAACCCAACAGCCAGGCGACGUAAACGUCCCCCUAAGGUCUCCAGGACAGGUGGACACACGAGUCUCUUCAACGCUUUCUUCAGAUCUCUCUGAGGCUUUUUUACAUGUGGCAGAUCGGAGCGAAUAUUGUGCCAAACUCACUUUAAACCAUGCGGAUUGGACUCAUUGGUAUCCAGUCGGGUUGGAACAGAUUUUCGUCCUGUUUUUUUUGGCGUGCGUAUGUAUUUCUUACUAACUGCACUCUAAAAGGUUUUGAUUCCUGUGUAAAAAUGUAUCCGUUUUUAUUUCUAGGUGAAUCGUUUACUGUGUUCCAUUUGACUGACGUGGCAAAAACAAAAGGAAGUUGAUUUUAAACUUUUGUAUUUUAAUGAAUGUGUUUGCUUUCACUCUGGCAUUAAAAAGCUUUACAUGUGAAA